AUGCCACCAUGCAAAGGAGCAUACGCUCCUGCCCAAUUUCAUACUUCUUGUACCAAGUCUGACCAAGCCAUUGGCGCAACGCGCCUGAUUCCUGGAUCCCACCUCUGGAACUACAGCGUCCCCUUCUCUGAGGACGAUGUAGUAUGGGCCGACCAACAGCCCGGGGAUACCUUAAUUAUAUUGGGCAGUGUGUUCCAUGUGGGAAGCUGGAACACUACUGAUCGAGUGCGUCUUGUAUUGAGCACGUCCGCCGUCCGGGGCAAGUUUCGUGGCGAGGAAAAUGGAUAUCUCACGUACUCCAAGGAUCAUAUUUCCAGGUUGCCAGUUAAUCUCCAAAAAUUCUUCGGUUAA